AUGGGAAAAGAUUCGGUGCAAAAUCGAAGGCAGAGGAUACACUGUAUGAGCGAUUGUGCCGCGGUCGGUUCUCGUCUUGACCGGCAGGGUUCAGUUCUGAGAGGGGAUCUUCGUCGUCGAAGGACAAUCGGCGCGAAGAUGGCGCGCCUGAGGCCGAAGACUCUUCCGAGGUUCGCCGUGACGUGUGUGAGGACGAGGCAAGCGACGCAAGCUCGAGCGAAUCGCGGGUUGGAGGUGGGAGGUUGGAGUAGCGGCUGGCCAUGUCUGCACCGCGUAGGCUGGCGGCGCGCCCUCCGUCAUGCCCGCAUAGUACAACCGUGUAUAGCGUCACGAUGGACCAGCAGCUCAACAAGCAGAAAGCGAAGCGCUGAGGAACCGAGCAUAGAAACACUCACAGCGAAAUGGCAGCCUCACUGGGACAAGCUGGCUUCACAAUGGCAUCAACUGCGCAAAUCCGACAAAGGACAGGCAUACGUGCUGCCCAUGUUCCCCUACCCCUCUGGUACACUACAUCUUGGCCAUCUACGAGUGUAUACCAUAUCCGAUGUCCUGGCUAGAUUCAAGCACAUGCAGGGCUACAAGGUCCUGCACCCGAUUGGAUGGGAUGCUUUUGGUCUGCCUGCAGAGAACGCUGCAAUUGAGCGCGGAGUGCACCCAGAGAAGUGGACGCUACAGAACAUCCAGAGCAUGAAGACACAGAUGGAGGAGAUGGGUGGCCGCUGGGACUGGGAUAGCGAAAUACGAACAUGCGAUCCUGCCUUCUACAAGCACACCCAGCGCAUCUUCCUCAUGCUCCAUGAGCGCGGCUUAGCCUACCAAGCCGAGUCCCUCGUCAACUACGAUCCGGUGGACAAAACGGUCCUCGCCAACGAACAAGUAGAUGCCAAUGGGUGCUCCUGGCGAUCAGGCGCAAAGGUCGAGAAGGUGCUCCUCAAGCAGUGGUUCUUAAAGAUCAAGGAAUUCCAAGAGCCGCUGCUGAAAGACCUGGAUGCAUUAGCGAAGAACGGUAGGUGGCCCGAGAAAGUGCUUGCCAUGCAGAGGAAUUGGAUUGGCAAGUCUGAGGGCACCAAAGUGUGGUUCAACAUUGAAACGACAAACGGAGACGAGCACUUCAACCCUGUCGAUGUCUUUACCACUAGAGCAGACACGUUAUUUGGCGUGCAGUACAUUGCUCUGUCUCUCAGACAUCCAAUCGUGCAACAUCUGGCUGUGGGAGAUGAGGCGCUGCGUGCCUUCCUUGAGAGGGCAAAAGACUUGCCCCUUGACAACAAGGAAGGAUUUCUACUGUCGAACCUUGUCGCAAAGAACCCAAUCACUAAUACCCAAGAUGCGUCCAUCCCUGUUUAUGUUGCUCCGUAUGUUUUGGAAGACUACGGCUCCGGUGCAGUCAUGGGUGUGCCAGGCCACGACGCCCGCGAUCACGCAUUUUGGCGGCAAAAUGCUGGCUGCACACCAAUCGAGGUUGUCAUAUCUACCAAGCGUGGGAUGUCGCCCUCGCCGCUUAUACCUGGGGAUGAAGACAAGCCCGUCACCGAGAGGGGUUUUGUGGCUGCACACAUCGAUCGUUUUGGGAGCAUGUCCUCGAAGCAGGCCGUGGAUGAGAUUGUGAACUCUAUUCGCAUGUCUGGAGGAUCAGCCGAAAAGACCACAAGUUGGCGGCUUCGCGACUGGCUCAUUAGUCGUCAGCGGUAUUGGGGCACGCCUAUACCCAUCGUCCACUGUGGUUCUUGCGGCCCAGUGCCUGUUCCAGAGAAGGAUCUCCCAGUUGAACUACCGAGUCUACCGGAUAGUUUCUUCGAGGGUCGCAAGGGAAAUCCCUUGGCUGAAGACGAGCACUGGAAGAAGACUAUGUGUCCGAAGUGCGGCUCAGCUGCCGAGCGCGAGACUGAUACAAUGGAUACUUUCAUGGACUCAUCGUGGUAUUUUUUCAGGUUUUUAGAUCCCAAGAACGAGUCUACCAUACUUGACCCUGAAAAAGCAAAUGAUGGUAUGCCAGUUGACCUUUACGUCGGUGGAGUCGAACACGCUAUACUGCAUCUCCUCUACGCACGCUUCAUCUCGAAGUUUCUCGCCACGACUGCCGCUUGGCCAAAAGGAAAUCUAGCAAACGGCGAACCUUUUAAGCGACUCAUCACCCAGGGAAUGGUCCAUGGCGAGACUUUCACUGAUCCAGAAAACGGCCGAUUCCUUCGCCCUGAGGAAGUCGACCUGGCAACUCCUUCAAAGCCCAUCAUUAAAACGAGUGGCCUUACACCGAACAUUAGCUACGAAAAGAUGUCUAAGAGCAAAUACAACGGCGUGGAUCCCGGUGCCACGAUCGCGAAAUAUGGCGCCGAUGUGACGCGUGCGCAUAUGCUCUUCCAAGCGCCUGUCAGUGAUGUGCUUGAAUGGGACGAGAAGAAAAUUACGGGUGUUCAGCGCUGGCUUCAUCGGAUUGUUCGACUUUCAGGUGCAUUUUUCACGCCGAGUACUGAGCUGGAGACAUUUAAAGUCCCAUCCCAGAUUGAUAUCACACUCAUUGAGAUUCUCCGUGAGCUCUUAACAAAGGGCGUGUUAGAGGCAUCCCAAUCGGCCCCAAGGACAUCAUUGCUGUCCAAGACGGAUACGACUCUAAUAGCCGCGCUAUCUCCAGACGAUGCGAAGCUCUGGACUAAGGCGCAAGAAACCAUCGCAAGCGUUACCGAGUCGUACUCGCAAACAUACUCUCUGAAUACUAUCGUCAGCGAUCUAAUGACCUUGACGAAUAUUAUAUGGGACACUCCACAUUCGUCAACAGCGACACCUUACCUCAAGUGGUACUCUACAGUACACCUGAUCCGCAUGGUCGCUCCGAUUGCUCCUGGUGUUGCUGAGGAAGCAUGGCACCUUCUCAAGAAUCCCACACAUUCUCAAAGCGCAGAUCUUGAUCCCGGGGAUUCACGUACCGUUUUUGCGACCGGUUUCCCUAUCGCGGAUCUCGAUAUUAUACCCAGACUUAACCACACGAGGAAAUGCGUCGUCCAAGUUGACGGCAAGCGAAAGUUUGAAGUUGAUAUCAACAAACUUCCAGAGUCCACCAACUCCAAGGACAUGAUGGCGGUGUCCAAAUGGGUCUUGGACCAACUAGUGGAGACUGAAGAGGGCAAAGAAUGGCUCGACAUGGGAUCGGGGAAGAUAUGGAAAGCUAGCCAAACGCGCCACCCGCAUCCCGUCUAUAAGGUCCUUCCGGAUGAUUGGAAGGUUAUUGCGGUCAAUGGAGGUGCGCUGUGUAAUUUUGUGGGCCCGAAGAAGCCAAAAAAAGCGAAAGCAGAAAACCAAGCCUCGAUACCUUACACACAAACAUGUCCGUCGCCGACCUGCGAAUGCGCUUCGACGCCCCCAGACCUUGACAUCGAUCGCAAGGCGCCUUUAUUGAAUACAAUGGCCGCCUACUCUGAGCAAGUGAUAAUAUGCACUGGGAAAGAAGACUGGACAAGUAAUAUUGAGCAAGAGGAGGGUGAGACUGGAGCGUUCGUCAAAGGACUUAAAGGCGUCAUAGGCAAGGGUGGCGUAGGAUUCGAUCCAUUCACCAACGUCCUCAUUACCGCAUCAUCGCUACCCCAAACCGAAACGAAAAACGCAACAACAGCUCUCCUGUUUCCCAGCUUCAAGCGCAUAAAAAGCAUACCGCAUACGUCUGAUUCCUUCUCGCACUUCGCGACCGCGUACCUCAAGGCAAAAACGCUGCAUCCCAUGCACGAUGGCCUGUCCAAAGAGCAGAAAGCAAACUUGACGCGCGAUGAGUCGGUAGCCGCACAGCUCCCUCCAGCGGAAUCUGUUUCCAAACCUACGAUUUUGAUUUGUGGACACGGCGGCCGCGAUCAACGCUGCGGCGUUCUCGGUCCCAUUUUACAAGCUUCUUUCCGUAAGGAGCUCCAGAGAAGGAGCAUAGACGCAGAUGUUGCGCAGAUAAGCCACAUAGGCGGGCACAAGUACGCCGGCAAUGUCAUCAUAUACGUGCCUCCUAGUAUGCAGGAUAAUGCGCUGAGAGGCUCGGGGAUAUGGUAUGGACGUAUUGGGCCGGAGAAUGUCGAGGGCGUGGUUGAUGAGACGCUUGUCAAGGGGCGUGUCAUCGCCGAGCUGUUGAGAGGAGGUGUUAUGCAGAAUGGGGGCAAUAUUGGGAGAAUAAUUGAAGCGCAGUUGAAGAAAGAGAGAGGAGAGGAGGAUGGUGACAAGGGGUUGAGGCUGAAGCCUAGGGCAAGGACAUAGAAAGAGACAGUAUAUAUCUACUAAUGUGCUGAAGUAGAUGCGAUCCAGGAGUCGCAGUUGUAUACACCAGGUGUAGAUAUUUGUACACUAUCUAUCAUAUAUCUCGCAAGGCAAGAAGUACUAUCAAAUCUGUAGAUAUACAUCCAAACCGGCAGACAUUUACGUUUGUGUGUAUGCUAAGUUCCCAGUACUCAUAAAUCCAAUUGAAACUACUACAAGACACGAG